AUGGCAGCCAAAUCCCAGCAGAUAAAUGGCCAAAAGGGAAAUAUUGUGGAACUCUCCUGUUUUGAUCUUAGUUCACUAAAUAACUUCACUUAUCCACUCCGGGAAUUCAAUAUUUCUUUUGUGAGCUUCCUACAACAAGAAAGGGAACAUGAAGUUAUUAUUCUGGGAAUUUCUGCAGACCACUUCCACUUUCAUAAUAUGUCCCAGGUCUGUCCAUUAACCCCAGGUGAAUUACAGCUGUAUUCUUCAUGUUUGGUCUGUGAAUCCAAAGGAACUCUGGACCUUUUUCAUCAGGAAUUAACAACAAAAGCUUCCCUAAUGAAUGAGUCCAUAGAAAUGAAAGUCAAGCAUUUUCCUCCACUUCCCGUCCUUUUCAACGUCACUGCGGUUCCGGUCGUGGAAGACCCGGGAAGACGUGCUGCUGCUACCUGUUUACUGAAACUCCGUAUUAGAAGCUCAAGCACCAGGAAAGACUCGGCGAUGGGAAGAAGUGUGCAAAGUCUGAACAGCUGCCAUCAGGUUUCUCUGCAACUUGAAAUGGAGAUAGGACAUUCUAUUUGUACCAUGAAGAUCACCUGGUAUGUUUUAGUUCUUUCAGUUUUCAUAUUUCUGAUCAUCUUCAUUGUUCACAAAAUAUUCCAAGAAAAAAGAAGAGUUUCAAUUUGGAAGAAUCAGACGUACAAAUCUGCCUCCACUCUCUUAAAAGGAAAUGAUUCUGAGAAACGAAGAGGAGUGCUAAAUACCGAAGUGGUUUCAGGAGCCACCAAGGAGAGAAGGCCCUCCGCUUUUACAGGGGUAACAGAAAGACUUCCUCCCAUUUCAGAACUAGAACAUUUUUCUACCGUGAAUGGGGAAGAUCAAUAA